AUGGAAUCACCUCUUGAGCUGGUUACUUUACUUCGUGAUGCCAUCAAGGCCAACUGGACAUUAAUGACGAAAGCGAAAAUAUUACACCGUGAAGUUUCUUUAAAUAUAAUCAUGACUGGAUCCGAAGCUCACAAGAACCGGAAAGGAUAUGUCAUCGACCUCGACUUAGCCGUCUUGCUCACGGGUGGAAAGUACCAAGAGAAAAUAGAGGCCAUGACCGGAAAAAUGGAGUUCAUGGCGCUGGAAGUUAUGAGUGAUGGCUUUGAAACUUAUGGCGCCGUUGUGGAGCAUUUAUACCGCCAUGACCUCGAGUCAUUCUUUUAUGUCUUCCUCUGGCAAUGCUUAAGCUGUGGAUGGGAAUACGAAGAAAAUCUUAAAAAUGAAUACCUGAAAAAAUGGUAG